UCCGUUUGCUAUUCAGUUGAGCGCGCGCUUUCAUCGCGAUCGAAUGUAAUUUUGUUAAUUUUCGUAAUUAUAUUUUGUUUUCGCAUUUAAAAUGAGUGAAAUUAAAGAUAUUGACAUCGGCUUACUAAUCGAUGAAGUAGAAAAAAGGCCAGGCCAAAAAGGUCUAUAUUUUUCUUUUUAAUAUAACCACAAAAUAAUAGCCUCUUCUACGUCCAUUUUCUACGUUCUACCGAACUAGACUGACGAGAACUCUCGCAACGCGCAUGAGCGCUCAUCAUCUGAACUCUCUUCAAAUUUGAUCGCGCAUUGACGCGCGUUAACGCGCGUUACAUGUGAACAUAGCCUAAUAGGUACCUAGUUACCUAGUAAUUGUUGCGCGAGUUUUUUCGUUCAAUCAAUGUACAAUAAAUAAUCGAUAAUCAUAUAUAAUUAAUCAACGUAAAAUAUAAUAUUAAUCAUAGUACAAUUCUUUUGUUUUAUUCCGAAUAAAAAUUUUCCGAUUUAAUCCGAUUUUUAGCUGACCAAUUUAACGAUAUUUAAUUUUACACUUUUGUCUGUUUGCAACACUAAGUAGCACCGCCAUUGAGUUUAAAACUUUCGAACUUCCAUAUUGUGAUUUUCACGUGCUAUUUUUUAAAACUUAGUAAAAACCAAAAAUUAAUUUUAAAAAUGGCAGAAAAGCAAGAAGAAGUUGAGCGACAAAAUAUUACUCAGAUUCUAGAAGACGAUGAUGAGUUCCCGGAAGCAUCAGACACAGAAGCGGGCUCACAGCCUGACUUACAAGAAGUUGAAGAAGAAAUGUGGGUGUACGACUGGGAAGAAGACCAAGUCGAGGACUCGUUCACCAGGGCGUUAGAUGAAGAGGUCAAGAAAAUCCACGAAGAUUCCAAGAAAUCCAAAACUAUGAAAGAAUCCGAAACAAAUAAAGAAUCCGAAAUGAACAAAGAAUCCGUAAUGAAGAAGGAAUCCGAAGACCGAAACGAAGGAUAAUAAAAAAUUACAUAAUCAAUAAACUAAAUUUAAAAAGUAAAA